AUGGACGGGAUGUUCGAUGUUUCAAACCAAGUUGGGAAUGUCCGCAAAUUUCCGGUAUAUGACCCAACGGACUCGACACCGAUUCUCGAAGGUGACGAGCCGUACCACCUGAAAUUAUGUUUUUGCCCGUUGUGUCAAAACGGGAUGACUGUGUUAGCAAAAGAGCGAACAAGGAAUGUGAUAUCGUGGCAAUACAUUUGCAAAGUCAUUUUUUACUGCUUGUCAUACAUUCACAAAGAUAACAUCUUUUUCUCUUUAAAAUAUGACGCACAUUGGUUUGUCACAGACCAUUGGUACCUUUUCUCGCAACUUCCACAAUUCAGAACAAACCCAAACAAAUGGAAGAAAAGUAUAUUGGACGCUAUGAUCCAUUGCAACUCAUUUGAGUCCGGAAAAUCAUCAAUGAAUAAGACUGGGGUUUGGAAAUUGAAAAUCUUCGACGCACCAUGGGAAAACAAAGACAAUAGUUGUGCUGAAGAAUUCGAAAAGAUGUCGAUGGACACGUCUUACCAAGUCGAUACCAACUCAAACUCACUCCCAUCACUCUCCGCAUUGUUCAAAACACAAACCUCCGAAUUGAAAAUAGAAAACGUCUCCCUCCCUUAUUUGUUACCCAACGACUCGAUACCAUCCAAACCAACACUCCAGGAUUUCAACAGUUUCCUGCAGAGUCUCGACUGA